GUUGGCUUUCUUGUGAUAGAAAUACCUUCUAGUCAAGCAUUUUCACCAUGGUGUCUUUGCAGUGUGAGGACAUUGGUUUGGAAACCGUGCAGAGUAAGAUAGACACUCUCAGAAGUUUCGUGACUGCUUGGAUGAAGAUCUGUAAUGCAAAUACUGUUGAUUUAUAUACAAAAGAUAUCUGGAACCAAUUUAUAGCUGUGACUCCCGAAGCUGUGCUUGCUGCUCUUAAAAUCGUGGGCUCUGAGAAUACCUCUGCAAGUGUGGAAGUACCUUAUGUUGUCUGUGACAACUCUAACAGACUGGUUGAUAUAGCAUCGUACAUCAGAGCUACAAAGGCACAUUCCCUACCAUAUAUUGGAGCCUGCACACCUUUGGAACAGCUGCUAGAAGAAAAAAACAGAAAGAGGCAAGAAACAAUAGAUGAAACAGUGAAAAUAAAUGAGUGUAUGAACAGCAAGAAAGCUCAUGAAGUGGAGGUGAUGUCAGAAUUGAUAACUUCUUUGGCAAGACACUGUGGCAUUCAGCAGGUGAUUGACCUGGGCUCAGGAAAGGGCUAUCUGAGCUCCUUUCUAUCCAUGCAGUAUGGCUUGAAGGUGUACGGGAUAGAUUCCUCAAGCAUCAACACCCAGGGUGCUAAUGAACGAAACAGGAAAUUGAAGAAAUACUGGCGGGCUUAUCAAGUGAGGAGGACAAGUGCAGAUGUUAGAGGUCAAAGAUCAGAAGGGUCAGUGAAGGAAAUGCCAGACAGUUUGGAACUAAGAGAGGAUACGAACUGUGAUGCAGUGAGUAAAAAUUCUGCAGACCACCUAGAGGACCAUGUAGCUGUCUCCAGGUCAUCUGAAUUGGACAGUACUGUUGGUUUCAUAGAAUUUGACUCUGCAGAUGUAAGUGGAGCCUCUCCGUGUAUAUCUGCAGACCACAGACUUACAGAAAGUGAAAAUUCUUUGCUGCAAGUCCUAUCUGUCAAUGCUGUGGAGCUUAAUACUGUGUUAGUGCAAAAGAAACAAUUAUCUGAAGAGGAACGAGAACAAAAAAAGAGAUUAAACUUACAGAAAAAGAUGGCCAACAGAUCAGAUGAGACCAGCACGUAUUCACCUUUGACUUCUUAUGUUACAGCGGAGACAGAACUCCAGGAGAUCAUCUCAGACAUGGAGGAUUCCAUCAUGGUAGGAUUGCACACAUGUGGUGACCUUGCUGCAAACACCCUGCGGAUAUUUGUUGCUAAAUCUGAACUCAAGGCAGUCUGUAGUGUGGGAUGCUGCUAUCAUCUGUUGACUGAGGAAUUUGACAAUCAGGAAGGUUGUUCUUUCGGUCCAUGGGGCUUUCCAAUGAGCCAGUAUUUGAAGAAUCAAGCUUGGUGCUUUGGACGAAAUGCCCGAAUGUCCGCAUGCUUGGCAUUAGAAAGAGUAGCGGUCGGCCAAGGGCUGUGUGUAGAAUCCUUAUUCUAUCGGGCAAUCUUACAAAUGAUCAUGGAAAAUGACUUUGGUGUCACAAAGAGUAGCAAACGAGUGGGUAAUGCUUUUGCUAAGUCAUCAUCUUUCGUAGAUUAUAUAAGAAGAGCAUUGAGAAAACUUGAACUGGAUGAUUCAAAGCUUCCAGACAGAAAAAUACAGGAUUAUUAUGAAAAAUACAGACCCCGAUUGAACGAGAUGGAAGCAUUUAAUAUGUUAAAAGUAGCUCUGUCUCCUUGUAUUGAGGGAUUAAUACUUUUGGAUCGUCUGUGUUACCUCAAGGAACAGGAUAAUGUAUCAUGGUCGGGACUCGUGAGGCUAUUUGAUCCAUUGAAGUCGCCAAGAUGCUAUGCCAUUGUUGCUAUGAAAACACAAUAAAGCAUUCAGAAAAUUAAUUUGCUCAUUAUUAUUGUUAUGGUAGAUUGCUUUUAACAUUUUUUGCCAUUAAGGUUUUCAUUUCCAUCAGUUAAAAUGUGUUUUGCAUCUGUAUGCUAGAUAAGUAACUGAUUUUUAAGCAAAAAUAGAUUACUCAUGUAUAAUUAAAAUUGACCCAGUUUAGCCAGUUAUUUUUAAUGGAAUAAUUGUACAUAAUGUAUGAUAAAUCACUGAAAAAGCAUUUUUGUAAAUACACAUUACUUUUGAGAUGAUAUCUGUACAUAGAAAAUAAAAACUGUAUUUGAGAAAUGA